UGUCAAGCCGUUUACACUUUUAUCCAGAACACCCAGUUUUCCAUGUGAUGUUGCAGUGUGUGCUUUAAGCUUUUAUUUAUCAUUGAGAUCUUUUAUUUACAUCGCAUUUGCAGCAAUUAUCGUACAAGCUUUUGGUGUUCCACAUGCAAGUGGUGAUUAGAUUGUUUUUUUUGUUUGGACUUACGACGGAAGCUUUGUUGAGUCAGGAAGGAAUAUUUUACUAUAUCAUCAGUUAAGUCCGUAGGUGUUUGUACGUUCCGACGGUAGCACCGUCGGAACUGAUAUUAUUCUCUCGAUGCUAAACAAUGCAUCAAUACUUCAGACCAAACUAAACCAUAGGUCAAAGUUGGUAAAUAGCUUUUUGAGUAAUUAGCUAUACUUUACCCAAAAUUACAUCCAUGACCUCAAAGCGGGGAAGAGCCGUCCGAGACGUAUAUCACCUAUUAAGAUUGCAGGAAAAGGUACGUUGCUAACCCAGUGGCCAACUGGCGAGGCGACGUCGAACGAUUACGUGCAGCCGGUACAACCAGCCACCAUUCCGUACCGGUACACACGCGACAGCGAACGCAGAUCACAGCAACUCAUUAAGAAAGAAAUCGGUGACAUUACCCUAUGUUAUGAACCCAAUGGCGCCAACAACAACACCCCUGGGCCCAACGCUGCAUUGUUUCAAACAGAAAGUGGAGGACGCGCCGCGCAUUUUAAUUCGGCAGGAGAGUUGAAUUGUAGAAUACCAACUGACUUGUCAAAGAAACAGACACUCAAGGACUGGAGGACGAACGUGACAUAACAGUGAAAAGGAUACGAUCUUGGGAAAUUUUGGCACAAGCGAAUACUUACCUGAAAUUGAUGGUGCUUGUGUGAAGGAUAUUAGUGAUUAAUGUGCUUCAGACGGUUAAGGAGAUCAGACAUUAGUGAUAUAUUUUGUAACUAUCUCAGUGAAUAGAUUGGCUAUGGACACGACAGUACCGCGCGUGUUGUUAAGCAUAGCAUUAGCUGCCCUUUUGCCGAUAGCUUCACCUAACAUUCAAGAUCGAUUAGCAAAGGAAAAUGUACCACAUUCCAGACAGAAAAGGAUACUAUGGAUAACAAACGACGGUCGUUUGGCUCUACCCCCUGGUACAACUAUGACGAUUACGCCUUCACUUUCGAUGCCUUUUGUAAGGCAUCCGCCGAAAGGGUUUCUGUCAAAUAUGACAGUCAGUUUUCCUUUUACAAGUACAUUAACGUGCAAAGUGGAACUCGAAAUUGACUUUGACAAGCUAGGCUUGACGGACAAUGAGAAUCCUUACGGGGACUUUCCCCCCAUUUUCGCAAGGUCCAUGGGUCGUGCAGCCGUGUCAAUGAUGACCGACUACAUUGGCCAAUACCUGGAGAGAAGGCGGGGCAAGCGAUCAACUGACCAGAAAAUUAGCCCAGAUGUGGAGAAGAGGGUAUUAGAUAAAUUGCAUGGAGGUGAAAGGGCUCUGAUGUACGGCAUGACAGAAGAUCUGUUGUCUAAUUUCGGGAUGGCUGGCAAGGAAUGUCUACUGCGAGUAAUUUGCGAGGUGCAAUCGCGGCCUUUAACUAAUUUUGGGUUCCUAGGAGAGAUCAUGAAGUUAUUUUUCACCCCGAGUAAGUCACCCUACGCGGAUCUGCUACCGGAGUACGUAGAGGCUGAGAAGGCUGGCAGCGAACCUGGUGGAGAAUGCUGGAGUUACUUCCGAUCGUGUCCCAAAAGCAUCUUCCAGGCGCCCAACAAAUACUCGAAAGAUGCAGAGGAUAUGCAUAGAAGACAUGAAGACGACGAUGACAAUGAUAUAGAAGACAUUAAAGCUAUGUAGAUCGAAAUGAUAGGUAGAAAUGAAAAAACUCAUCUUAGAAGUCUGAUAGUGAAGUCAAUGGUGCUAUAAACUAUUAUUACAAAAAUAUUUAAAUUCCAACUAAAAACUAAAAAAUGUAUUUAUAUGAAGGUAAAAUUUUUAGUUAAAUAUCUUGAGAAUCUAUCGGAUUAUCUAAGAUUAGUGAUUUAGUUUUCAAAAGUAGGGGUAGUGUCCAACCAAAGUUGAUUGUAAAUUAAAUGAUGUGUUAUUUAUUAUUUACACCUAAGUGCCAUCCUGUAUCUUAUUAUUGUAGUUAGUGAAAUUAUAUUUAUGUAUAUAGUCUUGCUUAAAAUUGUUUAAAAAAUUGUAUUAAAUGAACCACACAUAUUACUGUUAAUUCCAAUUUGUAUGAAGAUCGAAUAUGAACACCGUUGUGAAGAUAUAGAAAUAGAAAAAGCAAAGUUAUUACAACAAUCGAUUUUCUCAAGUUACAAGAAUUAGAUCAAUUUGUAUAUUAAUUACACACUAUAUUGUUACUGUUGCAUUUUAUAAAAAUAUAAUUCUAUGAAAGUCUAACGUAGCUAGUGAUUUUUACACGUUAAUGAAUUUUAUAAAAAUAGUAAAAUUAAAUGUUUACUUACCAAUA